CUCACAAUCUCCAUAUCUACAUUCAUAUUUUUGCCUUCUUACAGCCCACACUGAAUCAAAUCAACUUGAAUCCUCUCAUUCAUCAUUUGGAACUCGCCGUCCAUGUCACCGUUCACCAUCAACUUUCUCGUCCAAGCUUUUCCUCGUGUUUGUGGUUCUGUUUGCCCCUUCUGAGGACGCAGUUUCGACGGGCUGCUGAACACUGUCUCCCUGAACUGACAGGCCGUGGCUUUAUCAACCUUCUCCUAGACCUCCCUCUUCGACGUGGCCCAGACCACUAGAACCUCUCUAAUGUAUCCUCUUCCACCUCCGAACCGGAGUCAGCCCUCGGGGCCUUCAGAAAGCCAGUCACGCGACCAGAGCCAGCUGGCAAAACCCACCAGUGCUUCCAACGUCACCAUUCCGAGCCACGACGAGACUUCAGCCCCCAAAGAGGGACCUGGCAAGAAGAGAAAGAAGCAUCGCGGUGGCAAAAAACGGAAACCUCGUCGACAGUCUUUUGCCGCUGCCCCCUCUGAAGUCGGUUCUGUUGAUCCUAGCAUCGAUGAAUCGCGACAACAUGAACCGUUGAUCGAGGACGAUGAGGUCCACCCCACCCCUCGGCCGUUGUAUCGAGCCAGCCCGGCGAACCGGAGUCAUGAGAGCCUUGACAGUGAGGCCUUGCUUGACCAUCGCGGACAACCUGCCAUGCGGCCUCGUCGAGACAGUCGCCUAAACCCCAAUCACAUGUUUGCUGCCUCAUACCGCAGUGGCACCUUCCCUCGCAUCGAUACCCCUUCCGCUCGUCGUCGCCUCCGCAGUCGCCAAAGUCUGCCUGAUUCCGACGCAUCAGAUCAUGACGAGACGAGUGAUAGGACUCCUCUCCUCCCAAGUGACACCCCAUACAAAAGCCCCGGGGAGGGCUACGGUCUUUUCCGUGUCAAAUCUCACACGUCCACCGUCUCCUCCAGCUCCCGUAAGCAGAGAAAGCGUUCAAAUGGACCGGGAUCAUCGCUACCCAGGUCCGAUCAUGUCGAUAUCAAUAAUCCUCCAUCCGUCCCCCCGAGUCCCACUUUCGGAGCCCAUUACGGCGAUGUCAUGGUCGGCGAUGACAAUUUCCUGCCCAGAUCACCCGACAGCCGACGAAAUCUCCAGUCUAUCGUGCGCGACACCCUGAUUGACAUCGACGGCGACGACGAUCGUGAUGCCAACUCUGCUCCUCCAAGUCCCCGUCUACGACCCGAAGGCCUCCAGCGUCAUCAUACGGUCACAUUGCCAGUCGAAGGUGACGUCUGCUUUCCAGGUGACGAAGCAUCAGAAGCCAAUGACGACUACUUUGAUCGGUCCAGAACUCAUGAAGAGGACCCUAAUCACCCUAGGCGCCGGAGAAGACGUGAGUGGCCACAGCUCUGGGUCCUGGAUGAAUUCAGCCGCGCCGAAAAGGAAGAAAGGGCCGCAGGUGAGCGUCGGGCCUUGAAAAUCAGUGAACCGGUUUUUGUUGAUGGCAGACUGCGUGCUCCCAAAACCACCUGGCAUCGUCAGCAAGAAGAUCUUCAGUAUCGCUAUACUUAUUUCAACGAAGAGUUUGAGAGCACCAUUCAUUCACAGACCAUCUCAGAACUGGUACAGCCGGGGACCUCCUUCCGGGAGUUGUUCAUUCCUGAUCCUCCCGAGCUUAUCGAGUCAAGCAGCUCCUCCGAGGACGAAGAACAGCUCCAAGUCAAGCAAGACCUUGAGCUUUUAAGCCCUGUUGCCAGUCCCAAAAGCCAAUUGGAACGAGAGCCCAGUGCAGCCCUCUCAACCCUUGCCGAGGGCUUGAUCAAGUCAAAGUCGGACCCUAGUGGCAAAACUUCUGAAAGGGAGUCAGGUGCGCACACCCCUCAGAAAAAAACAACUCCUCUGGUUCAUUCCCCCAAACCCAAAAAGUACGGCCCUCGCCCAACCUUCUGGCUUGAUGUCGUUAGUCCCACCGAACAGGAGAUGAGAGUGCUUGCAAAAGCCUUUGGUAUCCAUGCAUUGACGUCGGAAGAUAUCAUGAUGCAAGAGGCGCGUGAGAAAGUCGAACUAUUUCGCAAUUAUUACUUUAUCAACUAUCGUACUUUUGAGCAAGAUCCACAGAGCGAGGAUUACCUCGAACCCAUCAACAUGUAUGUUUGUGUCUUUCGGCAUGGCAUCUUGACCUUCCACUUUUCUCAGAUUCCCCACCCGGCCAAUGUCCGCCGCCGAAUCCGACAACUCUCAGACUAUCUAAUCCUUAGUGCCGACUGGAUCUCGUACGCCAUCAUCGACGACAUCACCGAUGUCUACCAGCCGUUGAUCACCACCAUCGAAGAGCAAGUCGACGACAUCGACGAUUUGAUUUUGAAAGCCUUUCAGUCCACCAACGAACUUGCUGGCGAAAACCGGGACAAGAAAGAGCGGGUGUCGGAGAAGGACUCGAUUAAGAGCGAAGAGGCCAUGAGCGGCAUUGACGUUCUGAUCCGUAUCGGUGAAUGCCGCAAAAAGGUCAUGUCUCUAUACCGAUUGCUGGGGAACAAGGCAGAUGUCAUCAAGGGAUUCGCAAAGCGCUGCAACGAGCAGUGGGAAGUCGCUCCAAAAUCCGAGAUCGGCCUGUACCUCGGCGACAUUCAGGAUCACAUCUUGACCAUGACGGGCAACCUAUCACAUUAUGAAACACUCCUUUCACGUGCACAUGGCAAUUAUCUGGCCCAAGUUAGCAUCAAUAUGAACGAGAGGCAAGAAAAGACCGCCGAUGUUCUCGGAAAGCUGACCGUUCUCGGUACAAUCGUUCUUCCCAUGAACAUCAUCACGGGCAUGUUUGGCGGCAAUUUCAAAGUCCCCGGCCAGGAUAUUGACAACCUCAACUGGUUCUGGGGCACUACGGCGGCGUUGAUCCUGUUUGGCAUCGCCUGUUUCUACUGGUGCAAAAAGGUGUACAAAGUCGUGUAGCAUAAAAACCAACGUCAAGCGGAAUAUGUAUUGUUUGCACUUUGAGUCAUGCGGGGCAGAUAGAAGACUGGAUACACACAUAGAGGCGAAUAUCAUCGACAGUGUUUGAUUGACCAAUAAA